UGGGUGCGCAUGCGCGGCCGCGCCGUACGACUGUGAAGCGGCGGGGGAGCGCCGGGACUGGACGCAGGAGCAACAAUGGAUUGGCCUCAACAAAGACAUAGUAGGUGUUGGGAGAAGAUAUGUCACCUGAAAUGGAGGUGAUCGAAGGAGCUGAACACUGACUGCACCAACAUGGGGCUGCGACUGCUGGCUUGUCUCUUCCAUUUGCCCACUGCAGUGAUCUACGGGUCUCUGUCACUCUUUGUUUCCAUUUUGCACAAUGUGUUCCUCCUGUACUAUGUGGACACCUUCGUCUCCGUUUACAAGAUUGAUAAACUGUCCUUUUGGAUAGGAGAGACAGUGUUUCUGAUCUGGAACAGCCUCAAUGACCCUCUGUUUGGCUGGCUGAGUGACCGAGUGUUCCUUAGCACACAGCAGGCAGGAACAGAGAUUUCUUCCCCUGAAGUAGUUCUGAAGAGGCUCAGAGCACUAAGCCACAAUGGCCCCCUCUUUGCCAUUUCUUUCCUGGCUUUCUGGGUUGCCUGGGCACAUCCUGGUUUGCAGUUCCUGCUUUGCCUUUGCAUGUAUGACAGCUUUCUCACCAUGGUUGACCUCCAUCACAAUGCCUUGCUUGCAGACCUGGCUGUUUCAGCAAAAGACAGGACUAGCCUCAACUUCUACUGCUCCCUCUUCAGUGCCAUAGGCUCCCUGUCUGUCUUCAUGUCCUAUGCAGUGUGGAACAAGGAGGACUUCUUUUCCUUCCGCAUAUUUUGCGUCCUGCUGGCCCUCUGCUCCAUUGUUGGUUUCACCCUGUCCACGCAGCUGCUCCGCCAGAGGUUUCAGGCCGAUGGGAAAGCGAAAUGGGACCAGGAAUCAACCCUGAAAGAGCUGUACAUUGAGAAACUCUCCGUCCCCCAGGAAAAGAGGAUCACCCUGGCAGAGUAUCUCCAGCAGCUCUCUCGGCAUCGCAACUUCCUCUGGUUUGUCUGCAUGAAUCUUGUCCAGGUUUUUCACUGCCAUUUUAACAGCAACUUCUUCCCUCUGUUCCUGGAGCACCUGCUGUCAGACCAGAUCUCUGUCUCUACUGGAUCCUUCCUGCUUGGUGUUUCCUACAUUGCCCCCCAUCUCAACAACCUCUACUUCUUGUCACUCUGCCGUCGCUGUGGGGUUUACGCUGUGGUGCGAGGACUCUUCUUCCUGAAGCUGGCUCUGAGUGUUGUGAUGCUCCUGGCAGGACCUGAUCAGGUGUAUCUGCUCUGCAUCUUCAUUGCCAGCAACCGUGUGUUCACAGAAGGGACCUGUAAGUUACUCAACCUGGUGGUCACUGAUUUGGUGGACGAGGACCUAGUGCUGAACCGUAGGAAGCAGGCAGCCUCAGCCCUGCUCUUUGGGAUGGUGGCUCUGGUCACCAAGCCAGGCCAGACCUUCGCCCCGCUGAUCGGCACCUGGCUGCUCUGUGCAUACACAGGCUACGACAUCUUCCAGCGUGACCCCCUGAACAACGUGGUGAGUGCCCAGCCGAAGCUGGAGUCUGCCGUGGCCUUGGAGCCAACUCUUCGCCAGGGCUGCUUUUACCUCCUCGUCUUUGUGCCCAUCACAUGUGCCCUGCUGCAGCUCCUCACCUGGUCACAGUUCAGCCUGCAUGGGAAGCGGCUGCAGGUGGUGAAGGCUCAGCGGCAGAGCCUGACACAAGGCCAAGCACCAGAGAUCAAAACAAUCUAAGGAUGCCUGAGCUCCCAGGAUGCUGCUGGUUCCAGGCUGGUGCUGGAGGGCAGGGAUGAUGGGCUUAGAGAGGCUGAUAUUCGUGGUUCAGCUGUGAAAUGCUGUCAUGCUAGUGUUUACUCAUUCCAGGUGGUAGUCACUGGGGAAGGCAGAGAGGUUCAGCAUGUGAGGGGCCUGAGAUAGAUUGCUUGAUCUCAGGAGUAAGAGCAUUUUAUCCCAGCCUGUCCCAGGGAGCAGAGAGGUGCUUACUCCAGUGAAGAGGUGCUGGGUUGCAUGUUCUAGAAACAGACACAUCCCCAAUGCAUUUCUCUGUGCUGGGCAUGGAUGGCUCUGAGGAGCCACAGCCUCUCCAGCUGAGCAGGAGGAGACUGCACAGGGAGUCCUUCAUCACUACAGCCGUGCAGGGAGUGGAGUAGGAGGCCCCUGAGGGACAAAAGGAAUGAUUGCCAAACAGGAGCAGGGAUGAGAGGACCUUUAAAGCCUUUCCCAGUAACUGGUACAACCCUUCCCACUUGCAGUGCCAUGGUUCUUUGACCAAAUCCACUCUUAAGCAUUUGUUGUUCAUGGGACAAUAUCCUGCACAGCCAGGAUCUGCUGUGUUUGCUGUUUUAUGCUGAGGUUUCCUCCCCUGUGACCUUGUAGAGGGAGUUGUUGCUGGCCUGGGAAAGAUGCUGGGCUUGAACUGAGUUCAGAGCCUUGAACUGUAUCAUUUCACUGGGCAUCCCAUUGCAUGUGUUUAUUCCUCCUUUCCUCUCCACAGCCCCUUCUACUCAGUGCUGUCUCACAGCUAUACCAUGAGCCCCUCCCAUUCUGGGCAAGGUCAGGGAACCAACCCUACUCCAGCCACUGGAAGUGCCUCCCUGCCCAGGGCAACCCCAGGUGACCUGGUGAGGCAGCCUGGCGCCCUCCCUUCUUGCACGAAAGCAGAGCCUGGAGAUACCAGGUCUUGCUUUUGUGCCUUUGACACAGUGCUUUGGAGCCUGUCUGACACAAUACUGGCCAGUCACAGGGUCGGGAUUUCAUCCCUAAGGGGAGGGGCAGACACCCCAGCUCCUCUGCACUUGAAACAGUGCCUGAGUUAGAUCAACUCACCUGGCUGCUGAGUAGAUGAACAGGUAAUCACCAAAGGGGGGUCCCUGAGGCAAGGGAGUGACUCCUCAAUCCCUGUGAUGUGUUUGUGGGCAGGCAGAGAGGAUGUGCCAAAGCCUGCACCUGCCUGCUGAAGGAGGGGGGCUUUGCAGGCAGUGUUUGGAAGCUGUUGAACAUUGAAGGAUGUUCUUUGUUUAGUGCCAGGUUCCCUCUGGAGUCUCAGCCCACCAACCUGCCAUGUUGCCUCAGGACAUGGCUGCCUUCUGUCUUGGACCAAGACAUUCCUGCCAUGAGGCUGCUGUAGUUGUUAAUGGUUCAAUCAUAAGUUAUUUGUGCAACUUCUAACCAAGUUUGAGAAUGAUUCUCCAUUUCAUAAAUUAAAGAUGAUCUUUUUCUGAAUCGCUUAAUAA